UCUCUCUCUCUCUCUCUAUAUAUAUAUAUGAUCUCUGCUGCUAUGCCAACAUACAUAAUAUUAUUGUUGAUUUCGUAGAAUUCCCCCUUAGCUACCUCAUCCAAACAAUCCAUCUCCACCGCUGCAUCCGCCGUUACCCAUCUCAUUCCACCUCUUUCAUCCCACCCCUGUUUGACUCGCAACCCAGUUUCCUUCUUCUCUUAUUUUAGAUUUAGUUCAUGAUUUUUUGGGUCGAAUUACUUGGGGUUGUUUUUCAGCUGCUCAAUUUCGAGUGUCACAUGUGGACGUGGCAUUUUAUUUAUUUAAACUAGGUUUUGUUGGACUGUCUGAAUUCUGUUUUUGACGAGGAUUUUGGUUCCUCGUACAUGGGAUGUAGGAUUUUUGAUUCGUAGCAUUUGGGCAGAGAGAAAAAGAUGGGGUCCAAGAUUUGCAUGAACGAGGCGUGCCGUUUAACGACGUCGCCUGAGUGGAAGCAAGGUUGGGGAUUGAAAUCGGGUGGAUUCGCCACGCUCUGCUCCAGCUGCGGAACUGCUUAUGAAAAUCUAGUUUUCUGUGAGAAAUUCCACCUGGAUGAGGAUGGUUGGAGGGAAUGCAAAAUAUGCAGAAAGCGAAUCCAUUGUGGGUGUGUCGCUUCAAAAAUGUUGCAUGAGUUCUUGGAUUUCGGAGGUGUGGGUUGUAUAACGUGUGUCAAGCAAAUGGAUACUCCUUCAUUGAGAACGGUUAAGAUCCUCGGAGAUGAAAUUCCCAAUGGUACAAUAGGUCAUAGAAGUUUCGACAGUCUGCUCCAACUCUGCAAUAAUGUGGAAGUAAAUGGUUCCAAAAAAAUGUUUAAGCCUCAUAGAGUUGGAACUAAUGCAUCUCUUGGGCAGAAGAAAGGUGAAGGAACCGCGCUUCCUUUUGAGCAAGUCAACACAAGCUCCCCCAAUUUCACCCCCCAAUCUGUUGGAUCAUCCAUGUUUGUCAAACCAGAGAUCAGUAGACAAAAUCAAGGGUUUAAAGACAUGGCUGAAUCUCUAGCUCAGCCAUCUGUAAAUUUCUCAUUGAGCAACGCUCUAUGUGCUUCAGGCUCAGCCCUGCCCAUUUCUGAAGGGAUUGUUGAAGGAAGCGAACAGAACAGAGUUUCUACCGCCCAGCAAGGACAAAGGGCACGCCAGAUUCUGCCCAAACCCCCCAAACCUGGCUCCAGUGUAGGCUCUGAGAACACUAAAGGAAUGGGUUCUCAAACACGCAUUGCCAGGCCUCCUGCUGAAGGGCGAGGUCGCAGUCAGUUGCUUCCUCGCUAUUGGCCCAGGAUCACAGACCAAGAAUUGCAGCAGAUAUCUGGGGAUUUGAAAUCCACUGUUGUACCGUUGUUUGAGAAAGUUCUCAGUGCUAGUGAUGCUGGCCGGAUUGGUCGUCUGGUUCUUCCCAAGGCAUGUGCUGAGGCAUACUUCCCUCCUAUUAAUCAAUCAGAAGGUCUGCCGAUAAGGAUACAGGAUGUGAAGGGUAAAGAGUGGACAUUCCAGUUCAGAUUUUGGCCCAAUAAUAACAGCAGAAUGUAUGUCUUGGAGGGGGUUACUCCUUGCAUACAGAACAUGCAACUGCAAGCUGGCGAUACUGUGACAUUUAGCCGUAUAGACCCUGGUGGACAACUUGUCAUGGGUUUCCGGAAGUCAACAACCAAUGUUGAGACACAGACACAGGAUCCACAGCCAUCUGGCCUUCCUAAUGGUGGUUCUCCUGGUGAAACUUCGUAUUUAGUUGCUAGUGAUAACAUGCUUGCUAUUUCUGAAAAUGGCAACAAUGGAGGUCAGAUACAUGAAGAUUCCUCACAACGGAAUAUCUUGAUCCCAGAAAAAAAGAAGGCACGAAAUAUUGGGUUAAAGAACAAGAGGCUUCUCAUGCACAGUGACGAUGCCAUGGAACUUAGAGUUACGUGGGAAGAAGCGCAAGAGCUUCUACGCCCACCUACAAACAGCCCAACAAUUAUCAAGAUUGAGGACUGUGAAUUUGAGGAAUAUGAUCAGGAACCACCGAUAUUUGGGAAGAGGACUAUAUUUACUGUUCAACCAUCUGGGCAGCAGGAACAGUGGGCUCAAUGUGACAAUUGCUCAAAAUGGCGCAGGCUGCCCAUGCAUGUUCUUGUUCCUGCAAGAUGGACAUGUCCAGACAAUGCUUGGGUCUCAAACAGCUUAUGUUCUGCUCCUGAUGAUAUCAAUCCAAGGGAACUGGAAGCUCUCAAUAUAGCCAGCAAGGAUUUUAAGAGGAGAAGAAUAGUAGAAACCAAGGUAGCUGAAGACUAUGAGCCUUCUGGCUUAGAUGCAUUGGCUACUGCUGCUGUUUUAGGGGACAACAUGGGGGAUUUGACUGAGAUGUCAGUUGGAGCCACUACCAAACAUCCUCGCCAUCGUCCUGGAUGCAGUUGCAUUGUCUGCAUUCAGCCCCCAAGUGGAAAGGGCAAACACCCAACUUCGUGCAAGUGUAAUGUUUGCCUGACUGUGAAAAGGCGCUUCAAAACACUCAUGAUGCGAAAGAAAAAGCGCCAGUCAGACCGAGAAGCUGAACUUCUCCAGGGAAAGGAUGAAGAAACUCCUCCUCUAGAUAUGUCAGAAAUGGAAGGGGCAGCUGAGCACGCAUUGCUGCUGACAAAUCAUUCAGAUGCUGAAAGAAGCCAGAAUGGGAGCUUGAUGGAGGCAGGAGAGAGCAAUAAGGGACAAUUAGACCUAAACUGCCACCCCAGUAGGGAAGAAGACAUGCUAGCCGAGGCAGCAGCUGGAAUCAACUUGGCCACCCUCAUAGACGCAGCGAGCAUUCCCUUGGACGUGUAUAUGAGGCAGGAUGGGGUUGCAAGCGUGAGCCAUCACUUGCUACCAUCGCAUGCUCCCGGUGACGGUGAAGGGUCCUUACCUGAAGAAGGGUGCAGCGCAUCAGCCAAUAUGGGGCCCGAGAAAAAGGGCAAAGAGGAGUAGUUUCUGAUAGAAAAAGGGUAAAAGAUGAGUAAUUGCUGAGCUAUAUAUCUUCUUCUUCUUCUUCUUUUUUUUUUUUGAAAGAUCUGAGCUAUAUAUCUUGAUAUUUAUAAGUUUUGGAUUUUGGUUGUAAUGAUAUAGCAGUAGCCAGUAGCACAUCUCAUAACCCUUUCGUUAGGUUUUAUAUACACAGCAUUACCGUCAAAGAAUACAGUAGUGAGUUUUUUGGACCUUCCCGUU